AAGGUUAGCAGCACAUUUCCUUAUCCUCGUUUGCAAAGGAUUCCUAAAGCCUUAUAUAUGCAGUUAUGCGGAAGCUGAUUGCCAGCAAUAAAUAAUACAUCGAGGGAAGAGGCUGAAGUACCUUCUCACUUCCAAAAUGCAGCUAGGGAUCUUCGCCUCAAUUUUACAUCAAGGUUGUGCCUUAAAGCAAUCAAAAGGCUGCUCAAUUGUCAAGCAAGGCUUCCCCCUGCGGAACUCUAUCCGCAUGUUACAACCUCUUUGCCGCUCAACUCCAUAUGCAUCUCUUUUUCACACUUCCCUCUCCAUGUCGGGCUCCUACACCUGGUGCAUCACGCAUUUAGCCCAUUAGCUCCGGCUCUUCCUUUCAUCUUCCCCAUGGCAGACGUUUCUAUUUAUCCACUGGCAAUCAAUGUGUGGCGUCACCAGUGGUACUGUAAUGACGACUGCACCAUUGAGGAUGACAGCUUAGAAAGAAGAGGGCAAUGGUGAUCCCUCCCAGAGCAACACAGCACAGUGUAGCGCUCGCAUCACAAGGUCACCCUAUCUUACCGCCUGCUCCUCUGCUUUGGCAGGAGAGGGCUGCUGGGUUUGCACAAGGCUGGGGCGGCAGUGGGAGGGAGGGGGGGGGAAGAGAUCGGGAUUUUUUUCCCCCCUCCCUUAAGCAGAGCCACAAUGGAGACCAGGAAGGAGAUGGUGAUGUUUCUGGAAGGGACACAACUUGGCGCUCUGGUUGGCAAGAGGGUGCCUAAUUUGUCCGAAGCAGUGGGGAGCCCCGCUCCAGAGCCACAGGAGAAGAUGAUCCAUCGGAACUGCCUCAGCCCCAGACCUGGCCCCUUGUCGUCCCGGGAGAGAGGAGGAGGAGGAGGAGGAGGUGGCGGAGGCGAAGAAGAAGAGGAGGUCGAGGUGCUGCCAGGGACAGGGACGGUGGCGGAGAGCCGCUCGGCGGCGGCAGCACUGCUCUCGGCCGGACAGCAGCCCCCCGCCCCGGAGCCCCCCUCCAGCAAAGGGCAGCAGAGCAGCUCGGACACCGAAUCGGAUUUCUAUGAGGAAAUCGAGGUGAGCUGCACCCCGGACUGCGCCACCGGGAGCGCCGAGUACCAGCACAGCAAAGGGCCCUGCUCCGAGGCGCUGACCGGCAGCCCCAGCAGCGGCGGGGAGCACCCCAAGGGCGGCGGCGGCCCCCCGGGCUCGCUGGCCUGCAGCGCCAGCGACCAGAUGCGCCGCUACCGCACCGCCUUCACCCGCGAGCAGAUCGCCCGGCUGGAGAAGGAGUUUUACCGAGAGAACUACGUGUCCAGGCCCCGGAGAUGUGAACUGGCGGCUGCUCUAAAUCUGCCAGAAACCACCAUCAAGGUCUGGUUCCAGAACCGCCGCAUGAAGGACAAGCGGCAGCGCCUGGCCAUGACCUGGCCUCACCCGGCGGACCCGGCUUUUUACACCUACAUGAUGAGCCACGCCGCGGCCACCGGCAACCUGCCCUACCCCUUCCCGUCCCACCUGCCCCUGCCCUACUACUCCCACAUGGGCCUCGGAGCCACCUCGGCCUCCGCCGCCGCUCCCUUCAGCACCCCGCUGAGGCCGCUGGACACCUUCAGGGUGCUGUCGCACCCCUACCCGCGGCCGGAGCUGCUGUGCGCCUUCAGACACCCGUCCCUGUACCCCGGCCCGGCGCACGGACUCGGCGGCGCCGGCGGCAGCCCCUGCUCCUGCCUGGCUUGCCACAGCAGCCAGCCCAACGGGCUGGCACAGAGACCCUCCGGCUCAGACUUUACCUGCUCAGCCACCACCAGGACUGACUCCUUCCUCACUUUCACGCCCUCCGUGCUGAGCAAAGCCACCUCAGUUUCCAUGGACCAGCGGGAAGAAGUACCUUUAACGAGAUAAACGUUCGUCUCAGGUUUAUUAAAAAUGCGCCUUUCCUGGGCUCGCUUCGAGUUAAUGUACCUACAUCCGAUGUUUAUUUAAGAGUGUUCUCUCCCCAGAAGUGGACACCUACGGAAAAAGAGAAAAGACUAAAAAUAGCUCAGUCUUACAAGGAUUUACAUUCCAAGGGAAGGAAAAAAGAGAAUGAAGAAAUGACAAGUGAUUUAUCUCUAAAACGGAUUUCGGGCGCAGACGAGAAACAAAACCCAAACCGAAUGAAACACACUUCGAUAACCCAUAGAAAUGAGCGGGGACUUUCUUUUCCACGGACAGACUUCCUACCAAGGGCUGGGACUUCUGCAGAUCACAACAGCAAACUUCAUGCACAAACCUACGAGACUGAGAAAGAAAAUCUGAAACACUUGAAAGAAGCAUUAUCCUGACAACGAAAUGGCUUGUGCACGUGAAGAAAGCAAAGAUGAAUCUACCAGAGUGUUCAGAAAAUAAAAACAACGAGCAAACAGCAAAAACAAAAGGUUUCUGGAUUGCAGCUCAACAGUAUUAUCCAGUUAUUUCUAUAGAGAAAAAUAAUGCUUUACCAUAAAGAAAAACUGACAUUCUGUACAUUACUUUCGUGGCUUAAUUGCAUUCUUUACUAUCCCGUUGUCUCCUCCUUCGUUCUGAGCAGAAAUCCAGCAUUUCGUCUCCUCUUUCAUUCCAACUUUUAUUUUUAAGAGGCAGACUGGAAUUGGCAGGGAAAAAUACGAGCUCCUGCCUCUUUAUGGGUCAGAGCUAUUUGUCCUUUAAAUAACAAUGUCCUAUUAUCAGUCGCUGAAAUGUGCACACACUGACAAAAUUAGCAAGUGAUGUAUAUGUAAGGAGGAUUUUUGAAUAUCGAAUGUAUAAUGUUUGAGCAGAGACCCUGUGCCAAACGCUAACAAGCCGCCAAGGGAAGAGAUUAGGUGACAGGGAGCAGAACUCCUUCAGACAAUCACUAGUCUGCAAAUUGGAGCAGAGGCGAUUUCCCUUCCUUUGUACUUCAGCCUUUAGUUCUCUCACCGACUUCUCUUUGCAGCGUUCUUUUUUUUUUUUUUUUUUUUUUUUAUUCAAGUGUUGGGUUUUGUGUUUCCUUCCCCACCUCUAAUCUUUGCAUUUGUAUAUGUCCUUCACACUAGUCGCCCUUCCUUCUUGGGGAUAAUUUCUUUCAGCAGCCCUCCCCCCACCUUUUCCCUUCAGGUAUUUCGGAAGGAGGAAGCGCUAUGGCUUUUUCGUGGAUUUCUGCCCGUGUGGAGCACAGCCGUCAACCUAAAAUUUAAAAAACAAACACAGACACCGGACCGGGCUACUGGGCUAGUAAUUUAUUCCAAAACCGAAAUUGUUUAUUUCACUCUAUUUUUUAAAUAGCCCAAAGAAUACGCUGUUACAAUUUGUUACCAUGCCGCAAUAAAAAUUAUAACAACAAUAACAAUAAUAAUAAUAAUGACAGGCAUUUUAACAACGCAUCACCCACCUUUUAUUGUGCUUGAUUAAAAAAAGUAAAAAUACUGGUUAAGACGAAUUUCACCUUCGUCUAGUUUCUAAUAGUUACAGUUCAACGAGCAGGAAAAUAAAUGCUGGACAGAACAAAGACGUGUUGACACCUCCGCUAUC